CACAUACUUGAGCCCGUCGACCAUUUCAUUACGACACAGCCACUGAUGUUGUGAUCCAGCGACCCGGCAAAGCCAGGGAACUUCUCGCCUGAUUGCCUUUUCCGGUCACACCCCUUCGCCAGCGGGGAACCGCAUCCUCCGCCACGCCACCGCCGUGCGCAGCCAUCACGUGGUGACGUCACAGCCAGCGCGCACUCUCACAGGUAGAGCGGCAAAACGAGAAAAAGACGCGAGGGCUCAGCAAGCGAGUCGUCAUUGUUGGGCUGAGCACUGGAACUAGUCGAAAGCAUGGAUUUAUCGCUGUUCAGGAACAUUCUUCUUCCAACUUUGUUGUGCAUGGUCACAGCUCAAUCCGUGGAUGCAACUGAACUAAAAGUCGAAGGUAAUCUUAAACGAAUUCUCACCCCAGGAGGACAAGAAAGCUUUACCUGCAGGAUAAAUGAAGGUCUUACAUUGAUUUUGAAAAAUGAUAUCAGCUGGGUUCAUCGCUCACUUGUCAGUAACACAGAACAAAUUCUGACCACGCAAGAAGCUCACCACAAAGAUGCAUCACCAGACAAAUACGGAAUUGAGUUUGUGGCAAAAACAGAUCCAGGGACUAACUCACAGUACCUGUUGGCAACUCUAACUGUGAAAAAUGUGGAAGCUGGUGAUGAUGGCCAAUACAUUUGUCGCAAUACUGAGAAGAGUAGCAGCAUGGCGACCGAUUCCCAACCUGUUGAUGUGUCUAUAACUCAUGAUGUUCAGAAAGUUUCUCUCAGCAUCCAUAACAGGAAAGCUGUGACUGGAACUGAAAAAAUCGAACUUGAAGAGGGUGAAUAUCCUGUUAGGUGUGAAGCAAAAGAUUUUAGCCCAGAUGUGGAUAUCAAGAUUGCCAUUGGAGGCGUACCAGUAACUGGCAUUUCCAAAGCCACACAGAUAGAUAAUGCAUUGUCUUCAGCAGCAAACUCAAGGCGCUACAGUGCAAUUGCAGGAGCCUCUCGACUGAUGUUAUCUUCAGAGGACUCUGGCAAAACCCUUUCCUGCACAGCAACUGCAACAUUUCCAGGAGCUCGAUCAAGCACUGCAAGUGUAAUACUUACAGUUCUUUCUGUGCAGCCAGUUUUUCAUUGUAACAAGAAUAUAUCCGCCCCAGUAGGGGACAGAUAUGUGAAGCUGACCUGCAUUGUUGAGCACCCAGAUGUUGGGAUUGACAAAUUUGCGUGGGUGUAUGGUGACUCUGGAACUACUAUUGAGGGAAGUGCAGUCAUAGGAAAUUAUGAUGAGUCAUCAAUCGAGAAACUCAAUGAUACACACUCAAGAGCUACCCUCAAGUUGUAUAUAAUAAACGAAGACAGCUUUGGCAACUAUUUUCUUGACGUUCGAACUGUAAAGGGAUCAAGUUUUAGGGAAGGCAUUUUUCUUGCAGAAGAUACCACCAGUAGUGCAUCAUCUGUGGUCCCAACAGUGCUAAUUGUUGUUGGGUUUCUCCUGUUUUCCUGGUAAAUUGCCAUCAUUUUCUGCCUGCCAUUGUGUUCAAAAGGGGAGGAAGAUGGUAGUAAGAUGGCCAACCUAGUAGACCUCAAUUCUGAAUGGGUGUUCAUUCCAAGUUCAUCAUGGUGUGAAUGAAGUGUUUUCACUAACAGAGAUGAUAAGGACUCUGACAGGAUCAUAGGCUUUAGACAUCUCAUCAAGUACCAUUGUGUUAGAAAAUUGUUUUUAAGUGCACAAAACUGGCUGCAGGUAGAUCAGGACAAGCAGAGAUGAAGUGCAGGAAUCGUAUUGCUCAUCACCACUUUCUCCAUCUAGUUAACUUUAAAGACCUUUUACUGGAAGUCACAGUCAGUUGUGUCACUGCACUGGUGGUACCAGCUAGGUUGGCCUUUAAAUGAACAGAAGGUGCCAGCUACAUUUAUAAUUUUUCCUGACUUCCUCCACCCACAGUGAGCUCAGAUGUUAGAUGGACUCCAAAGAAGCUCACUGACAACCAAUGUUUUGGCUGAUACUACAGGUAUUCAUUCUCCCAUUUCAUCACCAUAAAAGAGAAAAAUGGACAAAAAAAUGAUUGAAAGAGUUGGUGCAUGAAUGACUUAUGUCUGUCCUACCCAAUGUCAUCAGAUGUCAAUGAAAGGUGCAGUUAUUUUCAAGCAUGCUUACAGCUUUGAGAUCUUCAUUUUGAUAAAAAAAUAAAUGUCAUAAAUUGAGCAGAAUAGAAUAUUGGUAACUUUGCACAUUUUCAAUCUGGUGUAAAGGUACAGCAGUAUGGGGAAAGAGGGGUGCAAUUGCUAAACCACGGGAGAACAGUGACUACUCAAAAGCGCUAUAUACGGCUAGACAAAAUCAUCGGAAAUUUCAGUACUUUGCAUAUUAAAAUUUGUGUUGUAUUAAAGUGAAAGAAAGUUACCUAAAGAAUACAGAGAAGAUUGUAGGAGUGUACCAGAUUUGAAUUCAAUGCCAAACCUAAAGCAAUCCCAGUACUUUUCAUUUAUGUAAUGUUAAAACUCAGAAAUGGAAAUGGUGCACUUUAAACGAACUCAUCUACUCAUUUGAAACUUUCCUGUCUUGAUUUUACUACUUUUUGAUUCAUCACACCUUUUUUUUGUUCAUGUACUUAGAUAUGAAAAAAUGUAGACAAAUCCAAAUGAACAUUAAGGUUUACAGGAAAGACAACUAAGGUUGAUGGACAGCCUAUUUGAUGUCUGAUUCAGUUAGGGUGCAUGUGUGCAUAUGUGUGGUUGUGCAUGUAUAUAUGUGUAUAUGUGAUCAUGCUUGAUAAAUAUCUCUUCACGGUGUAUGUGUACCAUUAUAAAAGACUAUUGUGCAUAUACAAUUAUAUGCAAGUAACAAUGUAACAAGAUGGUAUGUAUACUAUUUUGAAAUAUUUGUAGCUGAAUCUUUAGACAAACCAUUCCAUAAUUUUUAAAAUGGAGAUGUGUAUUUGUUGCUUAAGUCUGAUUGGUCAUUUGUCAAAUUUUUAUGUGCAUUGUUUCAUGUAACUGUAUAGCUCAGAAGCAAAUGAAUACAGAACAUACCACUUUUUUUUAAAAGCUAGGGCACAUUUCAUACCUGUACUUUUUAAAUGUAGUUUAACAUGAUUUGCCAUUUAAGUGCUAUUGUUAUCAAAACAUUUGUGUGGAUAAAAGAUUCCAGUUGAAGCCAUUUUUUUUUUUAGGGGAAGUGAGGAGGGAAACUAAGCAAUAGUUAGGUGUAGAGUGCUUUUGGUUGAAAUGGUUCAAACUGGCGUAUUGUGUUUGUCAUCUUAGUUGUUGCUGGUAUGCUGCUUUCUGUCUGUGGCUUUUAUUAACUGCAUUCCACACCAAGGAGCUUGUACUCUUGGUUCACGACAACUCUGAAAUCCAUGAACAAAAAUUCCAGGCUUCUAUUCAUGAUUUUAUUUUUUGGAAAUCUUCAUCAGGAAAUAAAUGAUCUGUUCCAAAAUGAAGACUUAUUUGUGCAGCAAAACUUUAUAUUCACUAUGUCCUCUUUAUCAGCACAAUCUACCUCAUCUACAGUUUAUCUGUAAAAUGGGAAACCCUAAAAGAAACAUUUAUCAGCUGGAUCUUGUAACUUAUGGUUAGCUGUUUCUUCAGCUAACUUCAGUUUCUUGAUAGCUUCUCUGAAAUCUUCAGAUCUUUGAGUUAAUUUUUUUUCCAAAAAAAAUUCUUGUCCCAAUAUAAGAAAUGCACAAAACUGCUGAGCUUUAGAAUGUAUCAACUCAUAAUUCAUAGCAACUAUAUCAAAAGGAUGUAUCUGUGCAAAAAGGCUUUUUAAAUACAUGUUUAUUGCACACACAAAAAAAUCAUAGCAACUACGUUGGUGAACUUUAAAACGUUUUACCAAAAAUAUUCCAUUCAAAAGCACCACUGGUCUGUUCAGUGAUGAGCUCCACUAAAAUUGUAAGCUUUUUUUAAUUUUUAUUGUUUACUGAUUGCUAGUCAGUGUGCAUCACCCAAGAGAUGUUAAAUAUAACAGAAUAACUGGUCUAAAGAUAUUUAACAAGCUAUCCUUUAAUAUCUUCUCAUCAAUCAUAGUAAUUUGAGCUAAAAUUCUAUGAAAACAUCGUUCACUUGACUUGUUCGUUUAGCAGCAGUACAACUCAUGUAUCAGCAAUAUUUAAUACUAGUUAAAUUUGUCAAGGACAGAUUGUUGUAUUUAGAAAUAUAUAUAUUUUUAAUCAAAGGAUGUAAGUUUACCGAAAAAUGAAAAAUACUCAUCAGAAGUCAUUGAUCAAUGAUACUAACUCUUCAGAAAAAUUGUUUCAACUGUGUUUUCUUGGAAAUCCAAAAUCAUUCAUAUUCAUGCUGAAAAAAAAUCACAUAAUCUGUUUUGCUCCUCAUGUGUGAAAUGCAAGAAUUAGCCAUUUUGUUGGGGAUUUUCCUUUUGAGCAGCUUUUUUUUUUGGUUUCAUAAUUUCUCCAUGGCAGCACAGCAUUAUUUAGUGGAGGAGGAGUUUUUGAUGCACUUAUACACGAGUGAGAAAGACAGUGCAUCAAUCAUCACUAUACAUCUAGUAUAAAUAUUGCUCAUUAGAGGCUGACAAGGUGUUGAAGUGGUAGGCAAUAAAAUGCGAUCGUUUAAAAGUGCUGAUGAAGGUAGGUACUGAUAACUUCUGUGGCAGUGUAUAAGAGGUAUUUAUCACACUAAAGGAUUCGUGAACAUCAGUUGUCAUUUGUUGAUACAAUGUGUUGCAUGACAGUUAAAAUGUCAUUUAAAAAAAAUUUCUAUACGUUUUCUUCAAGAUUAAUUUUAAUGAUUUUUUUAUGUUGACUUGUGAACAAAAUAAAUUACAGCUUGCUUUGUA